UGGUUUAGACAAUGUAAAAGAAAAUAUUUAGGUACCACAAUCAGAAAAUGGUACACUCUUUGAACAAAUCAUGUUUUUAAGACAUAUGGUCGAAUUUGAUAUCAUCUGAUAUACCAUGCAAAUCAGAGCCUGGUUUACGGCAAAUGAAGAAUGAGAAAAGCCAUUGCUGACGAAAUUCUUAGUUCUUAGCUCCCAUUAUCACAUGCUGCUGUCUCUUUAGAUUGUUUCCCCCUCUAAAACAAGGUAUUAUACUACAUACAUUUUUAUGUUUUAAGAGAUGCCAGCCAGUUGAGGAACCAGAGAACCUGAAAACCGCUAAAUCCAAACCCCAUGACAUUGAAGUCCAGGCCCACUUAAACCCUAAACUCAAGACCUUCCUGUUUGAUUUCCGCCGCAGCGCCGUCUCUUGAGUAACCAUCACCAUCACGGCCUCCGCCGUCAUAGCCUCCUUGGAGACCACCAAAUCCUCCGCUUCCUCCACCGCUGUUGUACCCACCGUUUCCUCCUCGAAGUACACCGCCGUUUCCCACGUUACAGCAAAGUUCUAGGGAUUUUGGGCAGCACAACUUUGCUGAAGUUGAAAUCUUGGAACCAGUUGCUCUGUUGGAGAAGCCCAUAUUGGUUCCUUGACAAUGAACAAGCAGCUGCAGCAAAUCAUCCAUAUUCCACCCAACCCCCCUGUUUCCCCCACCCACCAACCCACCGAAAAGGUUUAUGCUGCCUUAAUUGAACCGAAGCAUGCCAAUACUAUCAUAAGGCGGCUUAAUCAGAUUGCACCCCUUCAAAAUCUCCAGCAUUUGAAGCGGAUUCAGAAAAAGCAACUCCAAGGGGGAAAACCAGAGUUGUAUGUCGUAUUAUGUUUAGCUUCUGAAAAUGAAACAAAAUCCAAUAGAAUGCCACCAGAUGUGGAAGAUAUCGUCAAUUCCUACCACUUGACUCCUUUCAUUACUGAAGUUAACAAAUAUGCUGCAUUAUCAAAGGAAGAGUGGGAAGAACAGUGCAAACUAUGGCCAACCUCAUACCAUCCACCAACCUACAAUAUUCCUGGCAUUACUGGAUUUAGUGAGGAGGAUUCUAAAGCAGUUUUCAAUUUUAUGAAGUCUACAGUAGAGUUGGCGAAAUCUGGUGAUCAUUUGAUUGUCAAUGCUGCUAUGAUAGUGGAUCCAUUAGUUGGGCAGAUAAUUGCAAGUGCAUGUGAUGAAGUCUGCUCUUGGCAUACGGGAACAAGCAAAGCAAAGACUGAAACCUGUGACUUUAAACAGUUAGAAGGAUUCACUUCUCAUGUUGAUGCGAACAUCACAGCAAAAGAUAUAACUUUCCUUUCAAAUGGGUCAGCUAACAAUCUCCAACAAUGUUACAAGGCAGUAUCUUGUUUAAACCCUUGGUGGUUUGCACAACAAUCAUUCCAUUCAAGUCCUUGUUAUUGUCACCCAUUACGACAUGCUUCCAUUGUUGCUAUAGAAGCUUCUGCUGCCAGGGACAGACAUUUGUUCCCUGGUUUUGGGCAUAAUGAGAAGUCAUAUGGAGUUGAUUGUAAUUCUUCUUCCUCAGUUUCUCUAGCAAAGAGACAAAGGGUCGACCUUGAAAAUGUAAAAAAUAGUGGGGAGCAGGAUGCUAAUACUGAAGGUUCAAACUCCUUAGGAAGGCCGUAUCUGUGUACUGGCUACGACAUCUAUCUUAUCUGGGAGCCUUGUGCAAUGUGUGCCAUGGCUCUUGUUCAUCAAAGAAUUAGGCGCAUAUUUUAUGCAUUACCGAAUCCUGAAACUGGGGCAUUGGGAAGCGUUCAUAGGUUACAGGGUGAGAAAAGCUUAAAUCAUCACUAUGCAGUUUUCAGAGUGGUCAUGCCUGAACUUGAAUUUCCAGUAGAAAGAUAGCUCUUGUGAUAUUUCCUGCUGACCUGUUCGAUGCCAUUUUUCUUUUACAAUUUUCUAGAAAUUCAUCUUGUAUUGUUAUUUUUUGUUAUGGAAAUUGUAAUGCUAAUUGAUAUUGAAACUGUAACUGUAAUUGAGUGAUGAUAAUACUAGUAGAUCCAAGUUAAUUUUA